AAGCCCCCGACACCAACGAAUGCCCGCGGCAUAAGUCUGAAAAGUUACCGAAGGAACGAAUACACUAAUUCUUUCCACGGAGCUUCGAGAAGGAAAUUAGUUGGUUUUGGCUGUAUAUCAGCUCGGACAACCCCCCUCGAAGAACGCAAUAGUUGGCUUCCAGCUCUCUCUCUUCAACUUCCCACUUUCAACGGAUUCGUUAUCUCGUCCCAGCUACGAUCACCGCACGGAGCCCUUAUAUUUCAAGGAACCCGCAGCUAUCUAUCCACCACCGCCGCCUAUCCGACCGCCGACCGGCCUCCAGCAAUCCGCCGACCGACCAAUUAUAGAACCCGCUUGAGGCUUUUUCUGGUCUCGACUAUUGAUUGAAACCGCCCAGUCCAUCCGUCCCGGAUUAUUUAUCUACCUCCACGUCCCCGUCCCCUUUCCAGAUGGCGAACCACAAGAAACCGAGAGGCAACCGUCCUCAGUCCGCUCCCCGAAGCAACAGCAAUAGCUCCCGACCGCGAGGCCUCAAACCACCGCGCGACAACAGCAACGGCGCUGCAGCAGUUAGCGAUUCGGAUCCUUCGAUGGCGCAGAGCUUCCUACCCUUUUGCGCGCAUUGCGAAAAGCAAAUUGUUGUGCCAAACACCAGCAUUCUGUUUUGCUCCGAGAAGUGCAAACGCAAGGACGAGGCCAAAUCCCCCGGCCAAGGCUACAGCUACACUUCGUUCGGCAUGACCCCUCCCUACUCUGCCGACCCCAUCGAGGGCACCGCUCCCUCGAGGAAUUACGUCCAGCCCCUCAGCCCCACUCGUCCCGUGCGGGGCUUCGACGAGGACUCGCUCUCGAGAUCCAUGGUGUCGAUGAACAUCAACACAUACACCCCCGAGUCGUCACGACCAAACUCGGGCACGACGUCGCCAGUCGACUGCACUCCUGGUUCGCCCACCGGCAGCACCAAUAGCUCCAACAUCUACCAGCCUCCCCGCCGACCACAGCACCUGAGAGCUAUGACCUCAGGCGCCAUCUCCACUCUCAGCAGCAUCUCGACCACGUCUCACGCCGUCCCCGUGCCCACGCAGUACCAGUACGGAGGACAGCAACGCCCCUUGCCUCCCCUGCACCGGCCACACCCCUUCUCCACGUCGCCACGAUCGAUCGAUCUGGUCACACCUUACAUGUCGGGGCCUGUGUCGCCACGAGCCGAGCCCAUCACCACCCAAUACCGCCGCAGCUCGCACCACGGAGAGGACGAGCGCGCCCACCGCGAGAGGAAGAACAGCGACGUGGCUGCUGCUGCUGCCGCUACGGCCCCACGUGGCAGUCUCCGGACGCUAUUCAACUUUGACGCAAUCCGCGGCGAGCCAUACGUGCCGGAGGCGGCGGCGACGAGCCCAGAAAAGUACCUUACGUACAGCAAUGGCACACCGAUACUGGCGAGGAUGAGUCCGACUGCUGUACAUUUCCGAUGAGCCCCUCAGCCCGAUCGCUCGAGAGGGGGUUGGAUGACGUUUCGCAUCCAUCCAUCGGGAGAUCCGCAUUGGCCGGCCGCC